GCAAUCGCCGAUUGUUUGUCUUCUUCUCUUCUAUCCGUCCAGGGAAGCUCUUCAGCCGUUGUAUCCGAAGCUUCCAGGACUCUUCGGGUACGAACGGACGUUAAUUUUCACUUUGCUUGUUCAGAUCCCGUAGUUUUUUAGCUUUCGAAUCUAGGGUUUAAUAGUGGCUGCCUGUGAUUUAGUAUUAAUUUGGAUUAUAGAAUUGUUAUACACACAUCUCGGUACGAUUAUUGUGCAUAAACAUGGAAUUGCACUUUCCCUUAUAUGUACAUGUUAGUUUUUUCUUGGGUACGGAUUGGGGAAUUAUAUUGCUGGAGUAGGUAGGGCAAAUUGUAGCUGUCAUAGUACACAUACAACGGUUAAAUGUGGAAAUCAGCUGGUUAUUUUACCCAAUUUGCAUGCUUUUGCUUAAUGGAAGGAAUGUCAUGGGUUUAAAAGUGAAAGAAAUUUACUUGCAGGUUUAAUUGUAAAUACUGCUAUUAAGUCGUUUAGGUCAUGUAAUGUCGAGUGGCUUGAUAUCAGGUGUACCGACCUUGAUCACUCGAUAGUUUCAAGAGGGAGCUUACAAAUAUAAUGAUUAAAUGGUCAGCAAGUCAUAUGGACUCCGGGUUGUACUUCCUUGGCCGAUGAUGACUAUUUAGCAUCUCAUGGAACUACUGACCUGGCCUAUGGUGUGAUAAUAGAGCACACACUUGCUGAGAGAGAGCGAAGCCCGGCUGUGGUUGCAAGGUGUGUGGCGCUUUUGAAACGUUAUCUCCUACGUGACCUGGGACAUGCAUGAUUUUGGAAGCCCUACCGAGCAUUUCAGAUUUUACUUGACAAAGACUUAUGUUUUUCCGCCAGACCACAGUCUUCACCUCCGACUGAGCUACAAAUGAGUAGAUAGGCGGUUAGGGGUGUGCCUUUUCAACCAAUCUUUGGCCCGGCAGGAUGUCAAUGGGAGCAGGAGGAAGAAAGAUGGAAAGAAGAGUUAGAUGGAACCCAUGGAAGCUGAAACAUAUAAACCAAGUGAGGAGACCCUACUAGAAAUUGAUCGGUUUUGUUUAAAUAUAAUUGUGGAGUGUGAUAAUAGCCCAAGCAGAAGAUUAACACCAUGGUCUCGAUCUCUGAGUUCACAAGCUGGUUCUUCGGCGACUACAUCAAAUGCAUCACCGUUGCCUGUUGCAAGUUUUGCUUCAGGCACACUUGUGAAGUCGCUAAAUUAUAUUCGUUCUCUAGUGGCUCAACACGUUCCAAAAAGAUCAUUCCAACCUGCAGCUUUUGCGGGAGCGACUUCUGCUUCAAGACAGUCACUUCCAUCAUUAUCAUCUCUAAUGAGCAAAUCUUUCAAUUCCCAAAUAAGCCCGGGAAUCGGUAAAGAAGCUUCUGAGAUCAAAGAAGGUUCUGCUACGUCUGUCUUGGAUUCGCCUAUUGCUGAAGAUGUCGAUGGAGUUGAAGGCGAUGAAUUCAUAGCCCGUGAUGUGUUCAAAUGGCGAUGGCAUGGGGAUCCCCAAUCAUCUUUGCUUUCUUCCGAUAGUGACUGUUCCUUAAAUCAUCAAGACAUGAGUAAGCACAAUUUUCUUGAAGUAGGUGCUGCCGCCCUUCUUUUAGGGGACAUGGAAGCUAAAACAAAGGGUGAAUUUUGGAGAAACUUUGGUAGCAUUGACAUGCCUUACCUUGAUCAACUUUUACAGCCUUCAUUACUCACUACUGUAACCAAUUCCGCCUCUGCUCGUGCUCAUUUGAGAGCAAUAACAGCUUCUAAACGUUCCAAGACAGGCCCUCAUCAGAUUUGGGAAGAUUCUCUUAUGACGACAUUCCGUCCUCGUUCUCGACCACUUUUCCAAUACCGACCCUACAGUGAACAACAACCCUUGCGAUUGAAUCCUGUUGAGGUGGGAGAAGUUAUAGCUGCAGUUUGCUCAGAAAAACCAUCACCAAUUGCUAAUAUGAUGACGAUGUCAUCUAAACUAAGUAGCAGCAGUGGGAAGCCAUCAAUGGAUGUGGCUGUGAGCGUUCUAAUCAAACUUGUAAUUGACAUGUACGUGUUGGACCCUGGAAUUGCUGCUCCACUCAUGCUAUCAAUGCUUGAGGAAAUGCUUGGUUCCUCGCAGUUGACCUCAAAAGUUCGUGCAUUUGACUUAAUUCUGAACCUUGGUGUUCAUGGCCAUUUAUUGGAGCCACUUCUAGCUGAUGAUGCUUCCACCAUUGAGGAAGAAUACACUCAAGAACCGUACCUUGACCGAAAAUUGUCAACACAGGGGGCGAGAAAGCCUGAUUACCUUAGGACCCAAAGUUUAUCUGCAAUAAAUAACUUUGAAUCAUGGAUAUUGAGCAUUUUGUAUGAAGUCCUCCUCCUUCUUGUGCAGGCUGAGGAGAAGGAAGAAUCUGUCUGGGCUUCUGCCCUCAGCUGUUUACUGUAUUUUGUUUGUGAUAGAGGCAAAAUUCGGAGAAGCAGAUUAAAAGGUCUCGAUAUAAGAGUUAUUAAAAUGCUCAUACAAAUUAGCAGGAGAAACUCCUGGGCAGAGUUAGUUCAUUGCAAGUUAAUUAACAUGCUAACAAACAUGUUUUAUGAAGUUCUUGAGGGGUCUAAGACCUCUAUGCCAACUUUUCUUGUGGAUCAGGUUGAUCUGAUUGGAGGAAUUGAGUUUGUGUUCAUUGAGCUAGUGAUCUCAAACUCUAGAGAAGGCAGGAGAAAUCUAUACCUGGUGCUUUUUGACUAUGUUGUGCAUGAAAUAAAUGAGAGUUGCAUAGCCACUGGAAUUUCUGAGUAUAGCAAUGAUGAGAUUCAACCAAUAGCUUCCUUGCUAACCCUUGCAGAUGCACCAGAAGCUUUACAUAUUUCCGUCAAGCUUGGCAUAGAAGGCAUUGGGGAAAUUUUAAGAAGGUCGAUUUCUGCCGCGUUACCCAGAUACUCCAACAGUGAAAGACUUAAUAUGCUCUUAGAGAAGAUCAUGAAGAAGUUUGACGCACUUUUAAGAUCAUUGACUCACUUGGACAAAGAAUUCAGUCACAUGACAGAACUAACAAAAUCGUACAAGUACUUGAAGAGCUUUGAGGAUGGAGUUCUGAGAAACAGUUAUGGCUUGAAGGUGAAGCUUGCAUGGGCCACUUUGCAUUCUCUUCUUCAUUCAGAAAGAGCUGCCAUUCGUGAAAAUGGGUAUGUGUGGUUGGGUGAUCUGCUUAUAGCAGAAAUAAACGAGGAUGGGGAUUCCAUAUGGUCAAACAUAAAGAAUUUGCAUACAAGAAUUUCCCUUGCUUCUAUUAAUGAUUAUUCGCCUGAGUUAGAAAUACCAUUGCCCGUAUGGCUUAUGUGUGGGCUUCUGAAAUCGAAAAAUAAUCUCAUAAGAUGGGGCUUCCUGUUUGUUCUUGAGAGGCUUCUCAUGCGCUGCAAAUUUUUAUUAGAUGAAAAUGAGCUACAACAUUCAGUUGGUAAUGAAGCUCAUGGGAAGACCCGUCUUGAUAAAGCAAAUGCUGUAAUAGACAUUAUGAGCAGUGCCUUAUCCUUGGUGGCUCGGAUAAACGUGACAGAUCGCAUGAAUAUUUUGAAGAUGUGCGACAUUCUAUUUUCUCAAUUGUGCCUGAAAGUUAUUCCUGGAAACAAAUCCUCGUCCACAGACACAUUGCGUAGUUCUAAGAGUUUUAAUUACUCAGUUUGGAAUAGAAAGACCAGCGUGAUGGAAGACCUCCCUUUAAGAGAGAACUUUUGCUGGGAACCAGUGGAAGAUUGUAAAGGCAGGUUUGGCAGCAACACAGACAAUCCUACCCCUGAGACAGCAUCAAUGGCAGCAUUGCUUCUUCAAGGACAGGCCAUUGUUCCUAUGCAAUUGGUUGCACGUGUGCCUGCAGAUUUAUUUUACUGGCCGUUGAUACAACUGGCGGCUGCAGCUACAGACAACAUUGCACUAGGUGUUUCUGUUGGUAGUAAAGGAGGAGGGAACCUACCUGGUGCCACAUCAGAUAUCAGAUCCACCCUUCUGCUACUGCUAAUUGGUAAAUGCACCGCAGAUCCCGAUGCUUUCAAAGAAGUUGGUGGAGAAGAAUUCUUUAGGGAGCUACUGGAUGAUACUGACUCCAGGGUGGCUUAUUUUUCGUCAACAUUUCUUUUGAAGAGGAUGAUGACUGAAGAAGCAGAUAAUUAUCAGCGUGGGCUUUCGUCUCUCGUAUCCAGAGCUCAACAGAGUAACAAUGAGAAAUUAUUGGAGAAUCCUUACCUUCAGAUGCGUGGCCUGCUCCAGUUAGCAAGUGAAGGAUUAUGGAAUUAGCUUGGAGUAAUUUUUUGCUCUUCCGAGUGACUCCUCUGGUGAUUCAACGCUGAACUUGAAAUGAUGAAGUCAAAAAUAUUAGUUGUUGUCCAAAGAAUCAGGAACAUUUCAAGCCAGGAAUACGUGGACUACAUGGAAUGAGUGCUCUCUAAAUCUUGCCAAAAUGAGUAAAUUAAAUGCUUUCUGUAGAAAUGUUCGUUCAUAGCCACUCCCAUGUUUCUAUCCUUAUCAUCCCUGUUGCUUCGUUUGGACUCUUGAUGUGGUUACUUCUGCCAAGCCUUGACGCUGGGAUGAAAUUUAGAAAGCGGUGUGUUGUGGAAAUAAAUAACCGGAACACAAGACAUCCAAUAUACAUAUGUCAACUUGUACGCAUUCAUUUGAAGUAUCAAAUAAGGCGGCGUCUUCAGCAGUUGAAGAAGGCAAGGUCUGUUGUGGUGGAUUUGUGUUUAUUAAUCUUGUACAAGAUGAGACUGGAGAGUUGGGUUUUGUAUUUGGAUUUGAGGUGUUGGAAGGUUUGUUAAUUUAACAAUUAAUCUAUCUGUCAGACUCAGAGGAGCCCUUGCAAGAUGGGACUGUGGAUAUGCUGCAAUCACAGUAUAUAUAUAACAUGGAAGUGGGGAAUUAGUAAAUUGAGGGGUUGUUGUGCGUGUGGGUGAGAUGGCAUGGUGGUACAUAUCUUGUUAAUUUUUAUCAACUUUAGAUAUGUAAAUGUAUGCCUUUUUUUUUGUUCUUGCUUUUCAAUUCAUUUCGAUUUUGGGGUCCGCAUUUUUGUAACAUAGUUGUUGCCAGAAUUUAACGCUUCAAAUGUAUAUACAUUUUCCUUUUUGUAAUUGUUGGAAUUUCCUUGUUAACUAUUGCAUUUUAUGUUGCCUA